CUCUCUUUUGUCUGAUCUUAUUUGAGUUCUUGACCGGGCAGAACCUUAGAUCACGGCUCAGUUCUAGCAAUAUUUCACACUGAUCACUUUCGACUCAAGAUCAGUAUGUCUGCGUAUUUCAAAUAUUCCAAGAGCUGGGAUCGCAUCUUAUUUCACAGUCUGGGAGAAGGCCGCCGAUUAGUCCCAAAAUCGCCACGCCGGUUUCUUCAGGCGGUUUCACAGAGCAACUCAUAUCAUGUGGGUUUUGAUCCAUAUAUUCAUACACAAGGACGCUGGCUCAACCGGGACAAAUAUCACCGCGAGUCUCGUGUUCUUAAAUUUGACUUCGAUGCUUUGAUGCAAAGAGCUGUCCGUGCCAGCCCGGGAGCUCGAUAUGUCAUCGAUUGCGAGAAGCGGGACGGCAGUUUCAACCGGGUAUUUGUGAUUCGUCUCGAUAAUCAGAGGACAGUCAUUGCUCGCCUUCCUUUCGACCAUGCGGGCCCUGCUGGCCUCACAUUACGUUCAGAGGUAGCUACAUUGCAAUAUGUCAAGCAGAAGACUUCGAUACCUGUUCCGCGAGUUCUUGCCUGGAGCGCUGACGCCACAAACCCUAUCGGCGCAGAGUAUAUCAUCAUGGAAGAAUUACCAGGAGUUCUUCUGCAGAAUGUCUGGGAUGAGAUGAAAAUUGCGGAUCAACUUCGUUGCAUUCAAGCGCUCGGUCACUUUUGUAAAGAGUUAUGCGAGCCAAAAUUUCCGGCUUACGGUUCGCUAUUCCUUAGAGAUGAGGCCUCACGGAAUACAAUUCCUGUCGACGAGACUUACUGCAUUGGACCUGUAUGUAUGCCAACACAAUGGGGACACACUCCAGAAUGUGAUUUCGUCGCACCUGUGAUGGAAGGAUACCAGGGCCCUUGGUGCAAAAUGGAUGAUUACUUCUCAGACCAGAUCACGCGAGCCAGGCUCUGUACUCAAGCGGGGUCUGCGCCCCUCAAAGAACGGCAUCUUCAGCUGAUAAAUAUCUUUCAGCGAUGUAUAGACCGCCUCAAGGCCGCAAACAUUGUGCAGCAUGCUGCAGUGGAACCGAUCUUAUCGCAUCCCGAUUUUCACACACGAAACAUUCUCGUUGCUGCCGAAGACCACGGCAGAAUCACUGGGGUUAUCGAUUGGCGAUCUGCUGCCAUCGAGCCAGCCUUUCUGUUCGCAGCGACGACUCCAGACUUCGCCGUGGACCCCCCUAUGACGGGAUAUGAAGCAUUAUUGACGAAGGAACAAAUGAAAACCUGGAAACAGACUAAGACCAAGUUAGAGUCUUGCAGUCAGAAGUGGACCUCUGUGCGACACGCUUGUGAGAAAUUUCGACCAGCUUUUCGCUUCGAUCCCACCCUUCUUCAUUUUCUUGCGGCUCCCUAUGUAGGCUGGGUUGACAACGAAAAGAUAUUGCUGACAUCGCUGAAGAACCUUGCGGACAAAUGGGAGACUCUGAGAUUACCUGGGCCGCCAAUCGAAAUCCCAGAACAUCCUGGUGACGAAGAUCGUCUCGAUGAGCUUGAGAGUCGCCGCGGUCUGCAACAGCAUCUUAUGCACUGUCUAGAUUGCAACCAUGAUGGAUGGAUUCCUCAUAGUCGGUGGGAGGAGGUUCUGCCAAAAUAUCUUUCCGAGUACGAUCGUUUCCUGCAAUGCAGCAUAUCGUGCGGGGAGUAUAACAGUGAGGAGGAAGCCACGGCGCUGACGAACCGGGUAUGGCCAUGGGAUCAUCGAUGGCAUUCGACAUUCAUGUAAAGCCUACCGGGGUAUGCUCUGAUAUUGAACUUCACUGGGACUUUGGAGGACAUUUGGGGAACCUUAUGCAAGGCCUCAGGACGG